AUGAAUUUGCUCGACCUGCCUGAUGAUAAUCUGCUGGAGAUUGCUGGGAAAUUGGACCUUCGUGGAAUCUCAAUCCUCCGCAAAGUGAAUCAACGACUUCGGAACGUUCUCGACCUACGUCCACCAACUAAUAACUUCACCAAAAUCACUAUUGAAGGAUUCAUUUAUUAUCCACGAACACAAGUGAUAUAUGAGUCAGCGACUGGAACAGAAACAAUUAUGUAUGAUGACAAGGAUCAGGCUGGACGAGACUUCGAACUGAAUAUUCGAUAUCAAAAGCGUGUAGUGGAUGAGUUUUCCAUCAAUUUCCAAGACGCGGAGGAUCCCGUGGCUAAGAAAAUUCACGAAACUCUAAAAUCUCGAAACAAAAUGCUCCAAUUUUUGGAUCCAACUUCUCUGAAAACAAUUGCGACGUUUAUGAGUGAAGGAGAUGAAAUCCAACAGUUUGAUGAUAAUUGUGUGCAGCUGGAGCAGUGGCGUAGUGCCGAAGAGUUUACCAGUAAUAUCAUGAUAGAAAGCUCGGCGUGUUUUAACAAAUUGUUAAACUUUCGGGAAGUCAAUAUUUGGGCGAAUGAAAUUCGUUUGGAGGAUGUGCUUUUGUUGCGAAAGAAAAUGAAUCUUCUCGACCUGCCUGAUGAUAAUCUGCUGGAGAUCGCUGGAAAAUUGGAUCUUCGUGGGAUCUCAAUCCUCCGCAAAGUGAAUCAACGACUUCGGAACGUUCUCGACCUACGUCCACCAACUAAUAACUUCACCAAAAUCUCUGUUGAAGGAAUCACUUAUUAUCCACGAACACAAGUGAUAUAUGAGUCAGCGACUGGAACAGAAACAAUUAUGUAUGAUGACAAGGAUCAGGUUGGACGAGACUUCGAACUGAAUAUUCGAUAUCAAAAGCGUGUAGUGGAUGAGUUUUCCAUCAAUUUCCAAGACGCGGAGGAUCCAGUGGCUAAGAAAAUUCACGAAACUCUAAAAUCUCGAAACAAAAUGCUCCAAUUUUUGGAUCCAACUUCUCUGAAAACAAUUGCGACGUUUAUGAGUGAAGGAGAUGAAAUCCAACAGUUUGAUGAUAAUUGUGUGCAGCUGGAGCAGUGGCGUAGUGCCGAAGAGUUUACCAGUAAUAUCAUGAUAGAAAGCUCGGCGUGUUUUAGCAAAUUGUUAAACUUUCGGGAAGUCAAUAUUUGGGCGAAUGAAAUUUGUUUGGAGGAUGUGCUUUUGUUGCGAAAGAAAAUGAAUCUUCUCGGCCUGCCUGAUGAUAAUCUGCUGGAGAUCGCUGGGAAAUUGGAUCUUCGUGGCAUCUCAAUCCUCCGCAAAGUGAAUCAACGACUUCGAAACCUUCUCGACCUACGUCCACCAACUAAUAACUUCACCAAAAUCACUAUUGAAGGAUUCAUUUAUUAUCCACGAACACAAGUGAUAUAUGAGUCAGCGACUGGAACAGAAACAAUUAUGUAUGAUGACAAGGAUCAGGCUGGACGAGACUUCGAACUGAAUAUUCGAUAUCAAAAGCGUGUAGUGGAUGAGUUUUCCAUCAAUUUCCAAGACGCGGAGGAUCCCGUGGCUAAGAAAAUUCACGAAACUCUAAAAUCUCGAAACAAAAUGCUCCAAUUUUUGGAUCCAACUUCUCUGAAAACAAUUGCGACGUUUAUGAGUGAAGGAGAUGAAAUCCAACAGUUUGAUGAUAAUUGUGUGCAGCUGGAGCAGUGGCGUAGUGCCGAAGAGUUUACCAGUAAUAUCAUGAUAGAAAGCUCGGCGUGUUUUAACAAAUUGUUAAACUUUCGGGAAGUCAAUAUUUGGGCGAAUGAAAUUCGUUUGGAGGAUGUGCUUUUGUUGCGAAAGCCGUCCCUUUCCAAUCCAUUCUUCGAAUGUUUUUCCUUCCAUAUCACCGUGUUUCCCGAACUAGAUGCAUUUCUGCGUCUGUUAGGAAGCUCGUUAGCAGAUCUAACAAAUUGUAGAUUUAUGGCAAAGUACUUCCGAAUCCCCAACUCGUCGGAUGUUCUCUUAAUCCGUUUCUCUCGAAAUUGUUGCACUUUUUGUAGAAUGGCCGAGGCAGAGAGAUAUGCCGGAUGGGAAUUAAUUGAGGAUAUUGGAACAGUUGAAUUUUUUCAGAGAUAA